AUGGCAGAGGUGAAGAACCUGUGGUGUGCAGUGUACGGCGAGGCAACAACCUUUGACGUGAACAUCGCACUCGAAGAUGCGCACGUGGGCGAUCUGCAGGAAGCUAUCGGGCGUGAGGUGAAAGCCAUGAACGAUCAAAGCGAGGCCGCUGGAGAGGUCGUCGUCGGGGGGAACAUGUGUGGCCAACACGACGGGUUCAAGACGCCGGCCCAGAACCCCUCAUCGGUCGUUGAUGAGGACCUGGCCUCGCGGCUGCGGAGUCUUGGCGGGGGCUGCCGUGCCGCGCUUCUUUCUUCGGGCACCGUGGGCAGCACGAACGCCUGUCGUCCGCUUCGCCAGUGCAGCACAUCGGCGGGAUGGAACGGCACGGAUUUGUUGCCAACGAUGCUGGCGUUCCUGCUGCCCACGGUGCCCGAAGAAAGAAGCGCGGCACGGCAGCCCCCGCCAAGACUCCGCAGCCGCGAGGCCAGGUCCUCGUCAACGACCGAUGAGGGGUUCUGGGCCGGCGUCUUGAACCCGUCGUGUUGGCCACACAGGUUUCCCCUGACCCAACGAAACCGACCCCAUCGACCCUAG